AUGAUCUUUGCAGUCCUCACUGCUAAAGCAGAUCCUGCCAAGGCAACUGCUAAUGGUGUUCCAAAUGGUACUGGUCACAGUUACAGUGGAACUGUACCAAGCCAACAAAAUUCAGCACUGACGCCUGAUGGAAAUUAUAGGGCGCCCUUGUUAGGUGGAGUUCCUUCUGCUGGUUACCUGGACACGACAUAUGGGUAUGACAGCACAGGGGCACAAUUUGCAUGGUAUGAUGGCUCUGCUUAUGCAAAUGGACAGCAAAGAACAACCACAACUAAUCGUUUUCCAUCCUCGUCAUUCAGUGGUAAUGGUUCAUCAGCAAGAUAUCAGAACAAGAGCUCCACCACGCAGCAGAUGGGUAUGCAGAAUAGAAGACCUACAACUACAUCAGCAGCUCCUACCUAUCCCAAUAGGAUGUACCCUAGCCCCCGACCGUACACCCAGUAUGGGAAUUCAGUAAAAACUGGUCUUCCCUACGGGAGUAACGGUUACGAUUCCAGGAUAAAUGGUCGAUGUGGUCUUGGUAUGGAUAACAGGUACAGGCCCAGGGCAUGUAGUGGAUACUAUGGUUAUGGCAAUGAGAGUCAGGAUGGAACAAUUGAGUUAAACAGAGGUCCUAGAUCUGGUCGGUUCAAGAACCAGAAAUUGUACGGUCAUACUGUCACUAUUGAUCCAGUCAUGGUUUCUUUUGUUAAACAUAUGCAUAUAUAG